GUUAGUUGGUGAUCUUCCGCCGAGAGCGCAGCACGCAUAGAAAUCCGCAGUCGCAGGAAGCAGGGAAACCAAGAGUUGGCAACAACUUCCCGUGGCUCCCAGCCCGUUUGUGUGUGCUUCUGUUUCGACCUCUUCCGCGACUUAAAAUCGGCUGUAACGCGCCUAACAGCCCUACAAUCCAGCCGUGUAUUCGAAAACGCAGAUAAUUGCAUAAUUACAAGUUUUUCAAAAUAUAUUCAAGAGUGCUGCGAGUGCGAAAAUAAAUGAGAAUUCGUUUCCGAGUCUGCUGAAUCAUCGCAUAUAGACAGCACCACAUAUACAUAAAUCAAUUUUCGUAGCCUUCGCGCCGUCCACGUCAUCAACGAAAAAUAUAAACCCAAUUUUCGAAUCCAAUCGAAAAACUGAAAAACUAACCGUAAAUAAGUGCGAAAGAACUGCGCCGAAAUGUCAAAGAAUAACGGAAAGGGCGGCAAAGGUGAAUUCGAAUUCCCGCAGCCAGCGAAGAAGCAAACCUUCUCGCAAAUGAUCUACGAUCCCCAGGAUGGAACCUUUUUCGGACGUACCGGCAAAAAUUGGAGUCAGCUGCUGCUGUUCUACACGAUUUUCUACAUCGUGCUGGCCGCCCUCUUCACCAUUUGCAUGCAGGGUCUGUUGUCCACCAUCAGCGACGACGAGCCCAAGUGGAAGCUGCACGAUUCGCUCAUUGGCACCAAUCCCGGCCUGGGAUUCCGCCCCUUGAGCGAGCAGACGGAGCGUGGAUCGGUGAUCUCCUUCGACGGCAAGAAGGAUGCCGAGAGUGAUUACUGGAUCGGGCUGAUUGACGACUUCCUCCGCGACUACAACCACACCGAGGGUCGGGAGAUGAAGCACUGCAGCUUUGGUCAGAAGAACGAGCUCACAGAUGUUUGCGUGGUCAACACCGAACUGUUUGGCAGCUGCUCGAAGGCUAACAACUACGGCUACAAGACGAACCAGCCCUGCAUAUUCCUCAAGCUGAACAGAAUCUAUGGCUGGGAGCCGGAGGUUUUCGAGGAGGAACAAAAGGGUAUGCCAGAUGAUCUGAAGAAGGUGAUCAAUGAGACCAAGAAAGAGGAGCGCAAGCAAAUCUGGGUGAGCUGUAACGGACACAUGGGCAAGGACAAGGAGCACUUCGAGAACAUCAAGUACUUCCCCACCCAGGGAUUCCCCACCUACUACUACCCGUACCUUAAGCAGGAUAGCUACCUGAGUCCCCUCGUCGCCGUGCAGUUCAACUCACCACCAAAGGGACAAAUGCUGGACGUCGAGUGCCGCGCCUGGGCCAAGAACAUCCACUACAGCGGCAGUGCUCGCGAUCGCAUGGGGUCAGUGACCUUCCAGAUCAUCGUGGAUUAAGUCGCCAAUUUGUGAUCGCAACAAACAAAACAGAAAACACUAGCCGUAUUAUUUGUCGAGGAUAUGGCGACCGCGUCGGAGACCAACUACCACCUACCUUACUACAAGAGAUACACACAUAUGCGUACAUAGAUAUAAAUAUAUAUAUUUGAAAUCAAAGCUAGCGACCUUAGGUUCUCAAGUGCAUUGUAUAUAUUUAUACGAAAUAUCGAUCCGACCGUCAAUUGAACUCGAAACAUCUGGCCCAAUUUGAAAAUAGAAAAGUUGAAAAUCUUGAAAUUAAAGUUCAAAUCGUACUCACGCAAUUGUUGUUAUAGCUUUUAGCUUGUCUAUUGCUAUCAGUUAUUAUUAUUAAUAUUUAUCUUAUUAUUUCAUUAUGAAUUCUUGUAAAUUUGAUCAUUAUUUUCUGUCAGUUGUAUUUAGUUUUUAUUCAUAAAUGUUAAAACAUGCCCGAAAAUUAUUUGUUUCCUGCACACGGCCUGUACAAAGAAGUAACUAAAUAAAUUGAAAUUGUUAAACGUAUGCAAAUAAUGGAAAAACAAACAAUGGAAAAUGAAACAUUUUGACCUAAGUUAAAUGUCAAUUAUUAUUUUCAAACUGGAAAGUAUUCAAGAACCUCUAUGUAGUGCAAUUUAAAAACCAUUAACCGCAGCAACAAAGAAAUUCCAGUCAUAUUUAUGCGACUAACAAAACACAAUUUUUAAUUUAUUUUAAACAUACUUUCAUUCACACAAAAAAAGAAGCUAAGCGAAAAAUGUUCUUGUGUUGCAUCAAUUUAAUAAAGAAACAAAUAAUAUAAGUA